AACUAAGAUCAGCAUCAUCAUUUACGUGUGCUCUAGUCCAGUGCUGUAGAGCUGACCCUCCAGUUGAUAAUCUUCUACGUGAUGGAGGAAAUAUAUGCCAAUAUUGAAGAUGCCAGACCUGUCAAACCAAAGCCUUCAGCACAUCAGACAGGUCCCAGGAGCUCAAAGAAGCCAUUUCAUAGAGCUAUGGUUCUCUGUCUGGGACUGCUGAGUGUUUUCCUGCUGGCUGGGCUCAUCGGCCUCGGCAUCCACUAUCAUGGCACAAUACAUGAUUCAAUGGCAGAGCUGUCCUCCAUAUCUGAAGAAAGAGACCUGCUGAAAGCCAACCUCACUGAAAUGGAGCUGGACAGGCUUCAGUGUUUCUCCAAACAGAAGAAAACAUGUCCUUCACAAUGGAUAAUGUUCAGUUGUAGCUGUUAUUUCUUCUCCACUGUGUCUGAUUCUUGGGAAAAAGGCAGACAAGACUGCAGAGACAAAAGAGCAGAUCUGGUUAAGAUAGACAGUUAUGAAGAACAGGAGUUCUUAAGUAAAAUCAUCCAACAGACCACAUGGAUUGGUUUGAAUGACAGAGAAAAUGAGAAAAUCUGGAAAUGGUCUGAUGAAACUCCACUGACUGUGGCGUACUGGGCAAAAAUGCAGCCUGAUAAUGGUGGUGGAAGUGAAGUCUAUGGAGAAGAGGACUGUGUGGAUUUAAGACAUGGCGGAAAACCUGAAGAAAAUUGGAAUGAUCUGAACUGUGACAAAAAGUUACGAUGGAUCUGUGAGUUUUGAAAUAAUACAUUUCUAAAUACUUUUACAAUGUUACAAAGUUAUGGCUAUGCAAAAUGAUUUAUAAUAGCGUUCUUGUGUGUUAUAAAUAUAAAGAGAGACUGUAUUUACUGUUGUUGAGAGAAUUUAUGUGUUUAAGUGUUGUGCAUUUAUGCUGAAAUGCUAAUUUGGAAGGAAGAUUCCUCUAUAAACAAUGUACCCACAAAAUAUUGUCAGAUGAAACCACAAAGUCAAUAUUGUUUAUAAUUUCAUUUAUUUACAUAUAUUCAUUUAUGCUUUCACACUCUCAUAUAUAUUCUAUAGGGUGUCACGGUGGUACAAUGAUUAGCACUGUCACUUCAUAAAGACUUAAAACUUGGUAUUCUCUGUGUAAUAAUCUUCUUGUUGUUCUUAUAAUUGUAUGCUAACAUCAUUUUAUUCUAAUAAAUCAAUAACAAAGACAGUCUUGGAGUAACUUUGUUUAUUUGUUCCUCCACAAAAAGAAUAUGUUAAACUAUGCACUGGUACAUUCAUGCAAAAAGAGGCAAAGGUUGUUUCAUAAUCACACAACAUAUUCUUUCUUGCACUGACAGAUUCCUCUAGGCCUGUGAUACUUAAGAGGUAAUGUUGUGAUUCUGCUUCUGCCAUCAGAGUCAUAGCUUCCUGUUUCUCCAGUUUAUCUUUGAAAGCAUCGGUCAGAGUUUCCACUGAGCACCUCACAUUAUUCCAUCAAGCUUGUUAUUUACAAAUCCCAAUUUCUUAGCUAUGAAGAGAAGAACACUUCCUUUUGUACAUCAUCUGUCCUUUCCUAAACACUUCCCCUGACCACGAUGUGAAAAGGUCAUGAGGUCAAGGAAAGAUAUAAGUAGAAUUCAUAAGGAC